ACAAACUGCAGGUGAGGAAGGGAGCCCAUUUUACCCAACUAAUUAAUUUCUUUUUCCCCAACCCCACGCUGGUUUACGCUUAGGAGGGGAGUUCGGGAAUUAGAUUACGGCUCUUUACCUCAGCACUCACACAUACACGGACCUCACAGGAAAGGAAGGAAAGAAGACCAACCGAAAAACCCCAAUUGCGUUUCGCAUACCAUCCUGACCCACCGAUCCACAAACCAUUUCGCCAUUUCCCAAAUGUGUACAGUAUCAUCCUCCGACUCCCGCGCUCCGGACUACGAAACUAUCGAGCGGCGCUACAACAUAGCAGUAAACCUCGAAUCCUGGGAACUCCUAGCAAUGCACUCCAUCGCCGGUGACGAGGUCGGUCUCCCUCCUUACCACCUCCUUUCGCCUUCGCUCCCCUAGACUAACGAUUGAUGAUAACAGAGCAUUCCGCGUGUCCGCCUCCGUAUGUUGAAAUCACUCGCCGGCCUCUCCACCCGCGCAGAAUCUACACCUCCAACGCCGCCACCACCAGCGGCGCAAGCCUCCUCUGGAUCUGUGGGGAGUGGAAGGAGGAGGUUGUCAAGAGAGCAGCAGUGAUGAUAUGGUUCCUGUUCUCUCCCUUUCCUCUUAUUUCUUGCUGGGUUGUUCGAUCGUUUGUCUGCAGGGUAUGAUGCUGCCUGGCGAGUACGGCGCGGAUUGGGGGGAGGGUUCUUUUUUUUUUUCUUUUUCAAUCUAUGGGAAAUUGCAGGUCGGGAGUUGAUUUUAUUUUAUGAUUCCCUUAAUUUGGUGAGGUCCGAGUGAGGUGAGGAAGGGUUGGUAGGUGGGACAUAAUAUUCGGUACUAGAGGCGGAAUACCAGAGACUGAGAACGGCGAUUGGAUUGGAUUGCGCUCUCGCAAGAUCUACUACGUACGACCGUUACAGCAUAGAUAUCACUUUGAGUGCGUUACGCUGCUAUCUCUGCCACUUGCUCCAUAGUACUCGAGGGUGUCGGUCGCAAAUGACCGGAAGACCGUUUCCUAGGGUUAAAUCAUUUUUUCCCCAACUCUGGAGAGAUCACUCGUUAUGAUCUUAGAUGAUGCUCCAGAUGGCCCCAAAGCGGUAGCUUGAAGCCGUAAAGAGACUCUUGGAGCCAGGUUUGGCUCCGUGACCAGACGUUCCGUACGCCCUCGGAAGAUAUCUUUUCACCAAGUAGAAGAACCUCGCAAAACCCACAAAGGGCAGCUUUUCACACACCAAGCCAACUUAAUACCAGAAGUCGACGUAUCAGAACGGGCCCG